AUGACUUCGGCCGAUUUACACACCGCGCUCUUGCGUCCAGCAGUUCUUCAGAUCCUGCGCGCCGCCGGCUUCAGCUACGCGAAACCCGCCGUGAUAGACACGGUCACGGACCUUGCAGCGCGGUAUCUGUUGCUCCUCGCCUCUUCGACAGCUCAAAACGCCUUCACGCUCCACAACACCUUCGUGCCGACGAUUCAGGAUGUGAGACUGGCGCUGAGCCAAGCGGGCGCGCUGUACCCGCAGAUGAGUACCGAUGAGGAGAGCCUGAGGGACGAUGUGCAGAUCUCGGAAGGGGUGUGGGUGCCGUUUGAGGAUCUUCGCGGCGUGGAAGCGUUUGUGAACUGGGCGUAUGGGCCGGUUAACAAGGAGAUUCGACGGAUCGCAGGAUUUGGCGGCGAGGCGAAUGUGGAGGAAAUCGCAGCAGGUUUGGAUGAUCAGGAGGAUUAUCUCUCUGCUCUCAAGAAACGCCACAGCAAGACAGGCGAGGAGUCUCGAUACCAAGGCACGGUCCUAGGAAAGGAUACAGAACCACAGUCAGUCACGAUCGUGGGUGGUCCAGCUGCUUCGAUCGCGGAGUGGACCAUUCAAUCUCUCGCCAGCGUGCGAUCCUCAGGCCCACGCCCGGGAGAAGAUGCUGCCACACCCGCAACAUCAGGCAUCAGCAGCGCUCCGCUCACGCCUAUUGAGUCAGAAUGA